AACACGAUCGUCUCUUUCUCUCUCCUCUCUUUCUGUAUCUCAUCCCUUUCAGUAAUGGCGAUGAUGGUGGAGAAUAGCUAUGGUUACGGUAGUGGAGGCACCGGAGAAAGGAUACAGUUAAUGGUGGAAGGUCAAGGCAAGGCGGUUCCUGCGCCGUUUCUGACUAAGACGUACCAGCUUGUCGAUGAUCCAGCGACGGAUCAUGUCGUUUCUUGGGGAGACGAUGACACUACUUUCAUCGUUUGGCGUCCACCGGAGUUUGCUCGUGAUCUUCUUCCUAAGUACUUUAAACACAACAACUUUUCUAGCUUCGUUCGUCAGCUCAAUACUUAUGGUUUCAGAAAGAUUGUUCCAGACAGAUGGGAGUUCGCGAACGAGUUUUUCAAGAGAGGAGAAAAGCACUUACUCUGCGAGAUCCACCGGAGAAAAACAUCUCAGAUGAUACCAAACCAACACUCUCCGUUCACUACUCACCAUCCUCCGCCGAAGAUUCCAUUCUCCGACGGCACUUCUUUCUUCCCUUUACCACCGCGUGUCGACGCCGCCGCUGCUUCAAUAGACGACCGUUACUGGUGCGAAUCUCCGCCGCGGAGACCACGAACCAUACCCACUACCGUGGAUGCGCAAGUCACCGCUUUAACCGAAGACAACGAGAGAUUACGACGGAGCAACACGGUCCUAAUGUCAGAGCUUGCUCAUAUGAAGAGACUAUACAACGACAUUAUCUACUUUGUUCAGAAUCAUGUCAAGCCUGUUGCUCCAAGUAACUCUUACUUACCAUCUUUCCUACAGAAACAGCAACAACCUCCUCCUCCGCUCGAUUAUUACAAUAAUGCCACUGUCCCUAAUCACUCUCCUCCUACUUCUCAAAGCUCCAUUAGUGUUCUUGAAAAUGAGACUAAUUACAAGGAGAAUAAUACGAGGAAGACAAAGCUUUUUGGAGUUUCAUUGCCUUCUUCCAAGAAAAGAUCACAUCAUUUUUCACAUCAAAGUAGCAAAACUCGACUGGUGUUGGAUAAUUCAGACCUUGGAUUGAAUCUCAUGACUGCUUCUACACGUUAAAAGUCUUUUUUUCUUUUCUUUUUUCUUUUAUCUCGUUAAGAAUCAGCAUUAUUAGCACUUCUACUAGUGUACGUUUAUGAUGGACUUCGAUCUUACUUUUUUGAUUCUCUGAUUAAUAAUAAAAAAAAUGGUAAACCA